UUUUGACCUCGUUGACAUCUAAGAUCAAGCGGAAAACAGUGUGGUGUUUUCGGAUGAAGUGAUUUAGUCAUUUUAGCCACCCAUUAAAUUUAAGUUGUUUUUAUUAGCAUAAAUCCGUUUUUAAGAAACAAUUGGAAAGUUCGGAUCACAUCCAGCUUUCAAGUCUCAGGAUACUAAUUUAAGCUGUUACCAACUACCGUCUGUUACCUGUACCUCAAAAGUUGUGACCAUCAUGGCAGAAACUUUGUUUAACCAUUCUCGCACGCCAAAUGAAACAACAGAAUUCAAAGAACUGACUAAACGAGAUGCACAAAGUCAGCUUGCCCACGAGCUUAGUAAGCUGCUGCUUACAGCACCUGCACACCAACGACAGCAAACAGAACAUAUGUUCCAAGGCUUCCAGAAACUAUUUCUCAAGUUCUUACAGGAUAUUGGGCCAUCAGUUGAAUGGCAGAAAAUAGAAACACUACCAGGUGAUGCUGUCAAGAACUAUUCUGACCUCAAAGAACCUUCUGAAGAUGUUCUGAAUGAAAUGUUAAACAAGCUUGUUGUGAUUAAGCUGAAUGGAGGACUUGGAACUAGCAUGGGGUGUACUGGACCAAAGUCUGUUAUCCCUGUUCGAAGUGAUUUGACCUUUCUUGAUCUAACAGUUCAACAGAUUGAACAUCUGAACAAAACAUAUAAUGUUGAUGUUCCCUUGGUCCUAAUGAAUUCUUUCAACACUGAAGAGGAUACACAGAAAGUGCUGAAGAAGUACAGAGGAUUUAAUGUCAAAAUUUACACAUUUGAACAAAACAAAUAUCCAAGGAUAAAUCGAGAGAGCAUGCUUCCCGUAGCAACAUCUGUAGAAAACUCGGAUCCUGAAGCGUGGUAUCCACCAGGCCAUGGUGACUUCUACGAGUCAUUUCAUAAAUCUGGGCUCUUACAACAGUUUAUUGAUCAAGGAAAAGAAGUUUGUUUUGUUUCAAAUAUUGACAAUCUUGGAGCCACUGUUGAUGUUAACAUCUUAAACACAAUGCUGAACCACUCUUCUGAUCCUCACCCUGAGUUUAUUAUGGAAGUUACAGACAAGACAAUUGCUGAUGUUAAGGGUGGUACUUUGAUUCAAUAUGAAGGAAAACUUCGUUUACUAGAAAUAGCCCAGGUUCCCAAAGAACAUGUUGAUGAAUUCAAAAGUGUAAAAACAUUCAAAAUUUUCAACACCAACAACUUGUGGAUGAGUCUAAGAAGUAUAGCAUCUCUGGUACAAGAGGGAAUGUUAGACAUGGAAAUUAUAGUCAACCAUAAGCAUCUUGAUUAUGGAAUAAAUGUUAUUCAACUAGAGACGGCAUCUGGUGCUGCAAUGAAAGACUUUGCUAGGGCUAUUGGAAUUAAUGUCCCUCGGAAACGGUUUCUGCCUGUUAAGAAAACAUCUGACCUGCUUGCAGUUAUGAGCAGUCUUUACUUGAUGAAGAAUGGCACUUUAGAGAUGAGCCCCAAACGAGCCUUUCCCACUGUUCCAUUGGUGAAACUAGGAGAAAACCAUUUUGCAAAGGUUAGAGACUUUCUACGCCGAUUUGCUAGUAUACCUGACAUGUUGGAGCUUGAUCAUUUGACAGUUUCGGGUGAUGUCACAUUCGGAAAAGGAGUUUCGCUUCGGGGUACUGUGAUCAUCAUUGCAAAUCAUGGUGACAGAAUAGAUAUUCCAGCAGGUGCUAUCCUGGAAAAUAAAAUCGUCUCUGGCAACCUAAGGAUCUUAGAUCACUGACCUCCAAAAGUUAUGGUUUUAGUUUUGAAUAGUAUUAUAAGAACAACUGUUCAUCUCCGAGUAGUUAUAUAUUUAUAGAGCUGUCUGUUUUUGAAAAAUAUUGCUAGAAAAAUAUAAACCACAAGUGUUAUUAUUCAGUUUCUUAAUAUUUAGUGAUAUUGUGUAGGACUGAGCUUGUGGAUAUUCAUUGAAUUAAACAUAGAAUCUAUUGUUCAAAUAUAUCAUUUAAUAUCGUACAUAUUGAGAGAAAAUCAGGCCACAGAUAGUUUACUAUAACUUGAGAAACAUGUAACUUAUAAGUUACUUCUUCAAGAUAUGUUGAUUUAGAAAAAAAAAGUUUUACAAAAUAGCUCCACCAUUUCUAGGAAUUUUGAUGUGGGUGUGAGCAUCUUAUGCUUUUAUUUACAGUUAGUUUUAAGUAUAAAUGAGGUAUUUUACCUGUAUGUAUUGUUGAUGGCACAUUCAGCUUGAUGUUUUAAUCCAUUAUUAGCAACAGAAACUGAAGAAUUGAUCAGUUAAAUAUCGUUUUUUGUCAAACCGUUGGGGAAAUUAUAUGCUGAAUGUAAUUAUCUUUCCCCUUAAUGUAAAAUAACUUGCUAAAUGGAUGAAAGGGGGGGGGGGUCAGGUAUAAACAAAUAUUUGUGGAAUUCAAAAAGCUUAAUUGAACUUCAAAGAUAUUGAACUGUACAUUUUUUGCAUGUAAUAUAUAUAUAUAGAUAGAUAUAUAGAUUAUUAUUUUUGUUACUCCUUAUUGAUACAAAUAAGCCAUUAUCAUAAUAAUAAUAAUAAAAAAAAAGGUGAAAGGCUGAGGAAAAUAUUGUUCGACAUUAUGGGAAGUGACUUAAUAUUCUCCCUGUUUAGAGAAUGAUAAUGGUGUUGAAUUAAUUUAUUCGACUUAAGCCUGUGUCUUUUAAUGUGUAAUAUAAACAUACUACUGUACUCAAUGUACUGUACUAAUUUAUUUCAGGACUGAUUAAACCAUACUUAGCUUAGUUAAUAGCACAUUAGACAGCAACUUUUUGCUGCUGUAACAUGUAUAAAAUUUGUCUAAAAUGUUUAACCAGCCCAUAAAGAAGUUGGGAUUAACUAAUACUUUUGUAGUAACUGAUUUAGCUAAAUGUUUUUAAAGUAAAUGCUGUAUUACUCAGAAUUUAAUUUAUAUAUAUAUAUAUAUAAUGUUUUGCUUCAUUCUAUACAAUGAGAAGUUGAAUGCAAGAAAAUGUUACAUACAGAGCUGGCACCCUAGGAGGGCCUUGCCGAUCCAGAUUAGAUAUUCUUCCCCCACCCACAGAUUUGCAAUUUAUAUACAAAAUCAAAAAUUAAAAUCAGAUACAAUUAGAACUAAACAUAACUAUAAAUAACUGAGACAUUAAGGUUUCUAAUGCCUUAAUAAUUAUACCAAUAAUUUAUAUAUAUAUAUAUUUAUAUUCUGAAAACUACAUUUGUGAAAAUGUUUCACGAUAACGUACUGUAAUGUGUAAUAUUAGCGAACACAAGUUAAUUAAUUUAGGUUACCUUUUCCAAAAUCUGCCCCUCUCCCCCAUAGCACACAACCUGCUGCCAGGACUAUACACACACUAUGUGUAUUUUGUUGAAGUAACAUAUUUAAAGUGAUUUAUUAAUUUUCUUCUAUCAAAGAUUUUAUUGUACAGAAUUAAAACAUGUUAAAAAAUUGAUAAUAAGGUAUACAACCUUGAUAAUGUGACUUAGAAAAAUUAAGUAUUCAAGCCUUUAUUCUUAUUGUUUUGUAUUAGUCAAAGUAAGCCUCUAGGUUUUAACUUGUGAAGUAAUUAUGUUUUUAAUAAGAACUCUUCUUGUAUGAGCAAUUCAUGAUGUCAAAAAAACAAUUUAACAUAAAGAUACGAAACCCUAAGCGCUUUCAAAAGGUGAACCUUUCUUCUUUCCGGUUUGACCUUGAAGAAGAAGGGUCCAUCUUUUGAAAGUGCUUGGGUUAUAGGGUUUCAUCUUUGUCUCUUAUUCUAAAAACCAAGUAACUUUAAACUUUCUUUGACACAACUUUAACAAACAUGAAAUACCUCAUUUAAUUUUAUAUUUCAAAUUUUCAUAUAAAUUAAAAACUACUAUCUAUUACAUUGGUUUUCAUAGCUACAUUUUUCAUGUUUAAUUUAAAUACACUUUAUAAACUUGUAGCUUUUACUAGAGAUGUUGCUUGUAGAAGGUAAAACUGCAACAAGGUAAUUUUUUCUAGAACUCUGCUUUUAGGAUUGUUGAUGUAGGAUUGCUUAUGAUGUAGAUUUCUUGUUCAACUAGAAAGUGAGUGAAUGUGAUUCUGAGUAAAUGUUGUCAUGGUAAAUAAGCUAUAUAGUGUUUAUGUAAUGAAGGCUGCUUAUGAUUUAUUGUAGUUAUGGUGACAAAACCAUUACAGUGUUCACAUAUAUUUAUGGAUGUGAUAGAGUUAAUGUAGUUACUCCUAUCUUUAGAAACAACCAACAAAGGUGUGAUAAUGAACAAAUAUAUUUACAGAUACAAUAAGAACAACUUUAUUUUAUAUCUAGUAACUUUAGGUAACUAAAAUCUUCUAAAUCAGGAUGAAAAAUGUUGUAAACAAUUCUCAUAUUUCGAGAGUGCUUCUUUACAAUUACUGGUGCUAAUUUCCAAGCCAAAGCACAUUAAAGUACAAAUAUUUAUUUCAACCACUGUACAGACUAAAAGCCACAGAAAAGUAUGGUUUCUAAGACUAGUCUAAAACUGCACAUUAACAAAGAGAGAGAGAAGGAAAACUUUCAAUUUUUACUUCAAACUCAUAACUCCUCCAGUGUCAAAAAACAAAACAAGUGCUGUAUACUUUUCUUCAUCUCAUCAAAGUUCAAGUAUCUUUUAGAUAGUUUCUCUUUAAAAAUAAAAUAAAAACAGUAACAAAUCUCAUUGAAAUAGUUGGAAAUUUCCCAAGAUCUGUACAUAAUAAAGUACUAUUACAUUUUGUGUUUCUAAUU